AUGUCAAGCUACACUUAUUUGGGAAGUGGAGGCAAAGUUGGCCAGGUAAAGCAUAAUUGCACAUUCCUGAUUAACCCAGCUCAGCGACUACUAGGAUUUGUAUCUUUAUUGGUUACGACAAACCACAGGGCGUCUUCUUCGUCUCAUCAGAGACUCUUGAAAACCCUAAGACAGAUGGCUUCUAAGCCAUGGAUGAAAGGCGUUUCUAUCCACCUUCUACACAUUAAAGAACACGCCGUGGGAUCGCCGAACCUUUAUCUCAACCUUGCUCGCCUAUUUGCUUCCACGGAUUGGGUUUUAAUUAUGCCUGGUGAGCCGGAAGGCUAUAUUCCUCCCAAAGUAUCCGAUAUUAUGUCUCCCGCCCCGCACCCAAGUGAAUAUGUGCUGGUAUCCGGUAAUCAUUCAUACCCCUUUCCAGACCUCUCGCCCCUCUUGAUACACAAGACAAAUGAUUUUUGGUGCUCGGAACGUGUGCUAGCCACGGAUUCGCGCACAAAAGAUUGGAGUGAAUGCCUGUGGCAAUUGAACCUGGAAACAGCAGGGACGUUGAAAACCUUGAACAUGUCAUUGACGGUUCCAACGCCAAAGGAAGACGAGAGAGGUUCCAUUUCAGAGGUAUGCGUUAUUGCGUUGAGCAAAGUCUGUGUUCUAAGCGUGAUUGGUUAG